AUAUUUGCUGUUAACCAUUUCUAUGCAAAACAUAUAUCUGACUGUCGAGGGAAGUCAUUUGUUGAAUUAAAUGAUCUGUCAUGAGUGUGCCCAUGAUGCCAUGGGGCAGGAAGUUGCUGGGUGUUGCCGAGGAAGUGACAUCGUUUGAUAACGUUCCACUGACAGUUGUCGUCGCUGCUGUAGCUGCCGUUGUUAUAGUGUUGCUACUCAUGCUGUGUGUCUGUGGAGACAGUGAUGAUAAAUCUAAACUUCAAAAGGUGAAUAACCAUGAUGUUGAAGAAAACCAUGGCCAUGGUCUGCAGGUUGAGAACGCGGACUGUGUGGUUUCUACGGACGGUGACGCAGACAUCCGAGCCAAGUCCCAGAACGGACGACCAGGAAACAGGAACAGUGCGGGGCAGUCCAGAAGCAGCCAGACGAGCACCGCAUCCAGCCAGAUGAGGCCAACCAGUCUGCGGGAACUUCCUGAGCCUCCUGUUCAAAAUGGCCACCCAGGAACUGUUACCGAGGACACAGACGACCCUCGGCAAGACAAUGGCGACAACGACGAUUACGACCAUCUGUUGGGGAGCAAGAAGACGCCGGUCAAACGGCUGGACAACUACGACCAUGUCCUGCUCGACAGCAUUUGUCAGAAGGUGGUUAUCCCCCCUUCUGAAGGUGCCGCCAGGCCGUGCGAAAACUACUACACCCAGGUGCACGAGAGAACGUACGAGGUCGUAAAGGAUGCCACGACCUCGAAGAACACAGGAAGCGAUGACCUUUACACCAAGGUCAAGGACACCAACACUGACCACUACUCUUCUGUGAGCGAGGUGAAAGAAAUGAAUGAUGUUGACCCUUAUGAUCUUGUUGUGGAUAAAGAUCCUUACACCAAAGUUAACGGAGACAGCAACAGUUCGAAAGGGGCUGCUGCUUGCAAACAGGCGAUGAACAGUGACCUGUAUCCAAAUGUUUCUGACAUUGACCCCUAUGAAAAGGUCAAGGACACUGACCCCUAUGCAAAGGUCAAGGACACUGACCCUUAUGCAAAGGUCAAGGACAACUACCCUUAUGCAAAAGUGAAGGAGAGUGUGUUCGAUCCGUAUGCUCAGAUAAGCGAUGCCGACAACCUGGAAAGCACUGUGACAAACGAUGACGAAUCAUGCGACCUUGACCCUUAUUCCACCGUGGACGAAGACCCCCCUGAUAAUAAUAAGACGGUCAACGUACAGUUGCUGUCGAACGUGUCCGACGGCAAUUUGUCUUCAUCGUCGUUUGAACUGCUCCCGACAGGAUCGAUGUCGCUGGAGUUCCCGCAGAUCUCCGACGAGUAUGCUGUGGUGACGAAGCUGCGACAAUCCACUUCUGUCGAUCAGCCGCGAGCUGCGCCAGCCACGGCUGACCCAAACGCCAUCCCCGAGGAACCUCCACGGAGCUACCACAUGAACGAGAUUCACCAACCUUCAGCCACUGAGAGAAAUCCAAAUGCAGCAUGUAACGUGGAUUCUGAAGACCGGGAGUACACGAUGGUGACUGCGCGGGAAUCGCUCGCCAGCAUGACGGCACGGAACGCUCUCAACCCGUACGAGAUCGUACCUGACACUGACGGGGCGGAAAAUAUGUAUGCAACGGUGGACGGAAGUUCGGGAGACGGGGUAAUUCGAAGGAAUACAAGCGACGUUAGUGCGACGCCACAGAUCCAGGCCGGGACACGCUCCAGUGAAAUGUACACGGAAAUUGGAGGCCCAUACAACGAUGUAGAUGUGCCAGCUCCUCCAUCCGUCGAUUCUCUCCACCUGAUGCGACGUCAACAAAACGACAACCGGCGCCACCUCGCCAGCCCAGAGGACACUGGGAUCUCUCGGUCAUCUAGUGAUUACGCCGUCGUCAACAAGCGAUCCAGCUUUUCUCCCAGCGCCACGAAACUACCGGAAAUCCCGCACUCCUCGAGCGCCGUGAUGCACGAAGGCAACGCCGGAACUACAUCGAACGUGACCCUUGACCCAAAUUACCAGAUGGUGAAGGAUUCUCUCACUGACAUGGAGGCGGAGAACGAUCCUAAUUAUGAAAGCGUUGAAGAAGCUAGAGCGAGGGCGCCACCACUGCCGACGUCGGCAACACCGCAGCGGCAGCAUCAUUACGAGCAGGUGAGUCCAUCAUCGAGAUCAAAGUCAUCAUCAUCGUCGUCGCCAGCGGCCGCAUCAUCAACACAGAACGAAGCAGCGGCAAUACGGGACCGGGUGUUGAGUUCACACACAUACGAGGAUCCAAAAGAGACAUCACGUGACCGGGGGGGUCGGAAGCAUACAUAUGAGGACAUAACGGAAGUGAACGAACAGAAGAAGGAACUCGGCCUGUCGGGGGAUGGAGAGAGAGAAAGGUAUCUGUACAAGCGGAAGAAGACGAGUGAAGAAACGAAGGACGACGAGGAAGUUACUAUGUUAUGAUCUGUCUCUGUGGUGUUUUUAUUUCUCUCUCUCUCUCUCUCUCUCUCUCUCUCUCUCUCUUUUGAUUCGCACAUGUUGAUUAACAUGCUGUUUUUUGCACGUUGAUUCACACUGUGACUUGCUUGUGAUUUACACAUGUUGAUUCGCACAUGUUGAUUCGCACAUUCUGGUUCACACAUGUUGAAUCACAUCUUAGUUACAUAUGAUUCACAGGGCUAACUCUGGGCCAGCAGAACAUCUUGCCUAAUUAUCUACUGACUUAAACAAUUGUCACCCACCCACCUGGCGAAUUCAGUCAC